GCUGCCUCUCUCGGCGCCCGAAGCCCUAGCUCAGGCUGCCGCGACCCACCCACGACCCACCCAUGGCCCGUCCCUCCCCCUCUGACGUGCGCGCUGUUUUCUCAUCGCAGGCGGACGUUGAUGUUGACCCCGAGGUGGCGGCCGCCGGUCCCAAGAAGAGGACAUUCCGCAAGUUCAGCUACCGUUGCGUGGACCUUGACGCUCUCCUCGACAUGUCCAGCGAGGACCUGGUCGGCCUCUUCCCUGUCCGCGCCCGCAGAAGGUUCUCGAGGAGUCUGAAGAGGAAGCCGAUGGCCCUUGUCAAGAAGCUGCGCAAGGCGAAUGGCGACUGA